AAAAUAAAUUCUUGUUUUGUUUUUGGUUAUGCCUUUGCUCUGUGUUGCUGCUCAACCCCCUCUCUUCAUUUCUCUCUUUCUCACUUCGUCUUUCUCUCUCUAAAAUCUCAGGUUUCAGAUUCUACCCUUUUCACAAACCUCUGUUCUUUGAUUCCAGGUGGAGUAUCUAGUAAAAUACUUACUUUGAUCAGGGAAUGGCUGGGACUGUGAGUGAGGAGUCUGCAGUGGGAAAGUCUGUGGAGGGAAUUUCAAAUGGGCAGCGUUGUCAAUCCGGGGAAGCAUUGGCGGAGUGGCGGUCUUCUGAACAGGUUGAGAAUGGAAUCACAUCAACUUCUCCCCCUUACUGGGACACUGAUGAUGAAGAUGAUGGUGGACCAAAACCUUCUGAGUUAUAUGGGAGAUAUACAUGGAAGAUAGAAAAGUUUUCUCAGAUUACCAAAAGGGAGCUCCGCAGCAAUGCAUUUGAGGUUGGCGGCUACAAAUGGUAUAUUUUGAUUUACCCACAAGGUUGUGAUGUUUCCAAUCAUCUCUCACUGUUUCUGUGUGUAGCCAAUCAUGACAAACUUCUUCCAGGAUGGAGUCAUUUUGCACAAUUUACAAUUGCUGUAGUCAAUAAAGACCCUAAGAAAUCAAAAUAUUCUGAUACAUUACAUCGAUUCUGGAAGAAAGAGCAUGACUGGGGAUGGAAAAAGUUUAUGGAGCUGUCAAAGGUGUAUGAUGGAUUUGUUGACUCUUCUGACAAUCUGAUAAUAAAAGCUCAAGUUCAAGUCAUCAGGGAGAAAUCAGACAGGCCUUUUCGUUGCCUUGAUUGUCAGUAUAGGAGAGAACUUGUUAGGGUAUAUUUGACAAAUGUAGAACAAAUUUGUCGGCGUUUUGUGGAGGAGAGAAGAAGCAAGCUUGGGAAGUUGAUAGACGAUAAAGCUAGGUGGUCGAGCUUCUUCGCUUUCUGGCGGGAUAUUGACCAAGCAUCUAGGCGCCGCAUGUCUAGGGAGAAAACUGAUGUAAUUUUGAAAGUGGUUGUGAAACAGUUCUUUAUUGAGAAAGAAGUCACUUCUACUUUGGUAAUGGAUUCCUUGUAUAGUGGAUUGAAGGCUCUUGAAGGCCAGGCUAAGUGCAAGAAAGGUUGUGUGAAGUUCUUGGAUUCUGAAGAACAACCAGCACCAAUUGUACGUGUUGAGAAAGAUAUGUUCGUACUGGUGGAUGAUGUUUUACUGCUACUUGAACGGGCUGCUAUAGAACCACUACCUCCGAAAGAUGAGAAGGGUCCUCAAAAUCGUACAAAGGAUGGAAACUCUGGGGAGGAUUUCAAUAAAGAUUCUGUAGAGCGUGAUGAAAGGCGUCUCACAGAAUUAGGUCGUAGGACUUUGGAAAUAUUUGUCCUUGCCCAUAUAUUUAGCAAUAAAAUUGAGGUUGCCUAUCAAGAAGCUGUUGCUCUAAAGAGGCAAGAAGAACUCAUCCGUGAAGAAGAGGCUGCUUGGCAAGCUGAAAGCCCUCAGAAAACAAAACGUGGGGUCAAUGAGAGGGAAAAGAAGUCCAAGAAAAAACAGGUCCUGGCCAAACAAAAACGGAACAACAGGAAGGGAAAGGAUAAAGGGAAGGAGGAGAUGGCUACUACUAUGGCUGUGCAUGACAAGAGCCAAGAAGACACUGCUGUUGAUGAGGAAAUGGGUUCUAACAUGGAGGAAGCUCAAACUCACUCUGAUAAACUUGAUGCAGCAGAAGAUGUUUCUGAUGUGUCUGACUCUGUGGAUGGAGUUUCCGAAAUCCUUCAGCCAGAUUCAGAAGACAGAGAUGCUAGUCCUGUUAAUUGGGACACUGAUACAUCAGAAGUUCAUCCUCCAACUGAGGCUAGUAACAUUGGCAUAGGUGUUGUUUCAUCCAGACUAAAUGGAAUGCCUGAUAAAAGGAGUAGUUCGGUGAUAGAUGAUAGUUCUUCAACAUGUUCUACUGAUUCUUUGCCGUCAGUAGUCAUGAAUGACCUGUAUAAGGGAAACACCUUUUCAAAUUAUAAAGUCCAAAAGUCACCUAGCAGAGGUAAGAACCGACGCAAACCAUCAUCUGAUAUGAGUAGUUGGACGAGUGAAAUGGAUAGUCAGCCUUCUGGUUCUGCGGCAGAUGCUGGGGAUCCUAACAAUGAGUCUAGAAGUGGGAAGGUUGGAGAAACUGAGUCUGAGGGUGCUGGUAUCUCCUUGCAGGAUCGGUUAAAGUGGGCUGAGCCAAAUGUUGUCAGAAAGGAAGAGGUUCUCUCACUUCAAAAGAAACCGAGCAUCCAAGCCAAAGUUGAAAUAGAAAGACUUGUUGACAAUGAAAGCCUACAAAAAGAGAAGGUAUCAGCUGUGCCAUCAUCCUCACCUAUAAGUCCUCCUAGAAACUUAUCCUCACCAGUUCAAAUGAAAUUAGAAAGCAAGACCAGUGCCACUGUAGAUCAUGUUCAAGCUUGGAAAACAUCUUCAAGUGGGUCCCAGCAGACUGAUAAUUAUUCAUCUCCACCUUUUACUCCUGUGUCAAAAGUUACAACUGUGUCCAAAACUGAGGUCCAGAAGACACCAACGGUAAGAUUAACUGAAAGAUCUGGUGCACGAGGGCCUAUGGUGUCAAGACCUUCAAGUGCUCCCAUAGUUCCUGGUCCCAGGCCAACUGCUCCUGUUGUCUCUGUGGUUCAAACAGCUCCCCUGCUUGCGCGCUCAGUGAGUGCAGCUGGCCGGUUGGGUCUCGAUCCCUCACCGGCAACUCACAGUUAUGUUCCUCAAUCCUACAGAAAUGCCAUGAUGGGGGGGAACCCUGUGACCUCAAAUGCUGCCAGUCUGACGCAUUCGAGCUCCUCAAGUUCAGGAGUAAACUCAUCCCCAGUCUAUGCUCAAACAUCUUCCUUUGCGUCGUCACCAAUACUGUUAUCCCAGAGCUCUGACAGAGUGGACACUAAUGCUGGCCAGUCUGGUUAUCAAUUUGGCAAGAUUACACAGGAUGUUUUACAGAAUGGUCACCAGUGGAUUGAGAAUUCUCCAAGGGAAUCAAGCAGAAGCUUGCAGUAUGAUCAACCUUCUGGGGUUCGUGAUGUGCAAAACCAUGACUUUUACAGGCCAUUACACAGUAGAUCUAUGGGUAACAUGCCAACCGAGUUCUCAGCUUGCACAUCGGGGCGUCAGAACCAAGCACUGGUGGAUGAGUUCCCACACCUUGAUAUCAUAAAUGAUCUGCUUGAUGAUGAACACUGUAUCGGGAGGACGGCCAGGGCAAGUUCGUUAUUUGAAUCUCAUAGUAAUGGACCGCAAUCGCUUAGUCGACAGUUCACUUUUUCUGGAGACUUGGGUGCAAAUGAUGAUUCGGGAUCCUCAACAAGUUCUUGCAGGUUCCAGCGAUCACAAAGCUACCACAAUGACCAUGGAUUUCAAGGAGGGUAUAACUCAUCUCACCAGCAAUUUGAUCCACUUAGGGAUUAUUUUCCACAAGCGAGUAGCAUGCCCUAUGUUAACGGGCACGUAGAUGGAUCGAUUCCAAACCAGUGGCAGGUGGCUGGUUCCGAUCUGUUGUAUGCAGGCUUGGGAAACAUGGAUAAUGAUGGUUAUGGAUACUACCCAGAUUACUCAAAUGUGCCGCAUGGUGUCAACGGUUACACCAUGUUCAGACCGUCAAAUGGUCCAUAGAGGGAAAGUGUGCCCACAAAUUAGUGGUCGCCAACAUAUGUAAUAAUGCAUGAGGAAAUUGUUGGGUCUUUUUUUAGAUUGGAGUGAGGUUGUAAUCUCUUGAUAAGCAAAACAUUUUAUGAUGGUGUCUUGAGCUAUUUGCUUUCAGCUAUUUUGAUGCAUUUUUGGAUUA